GCGAUCGAGUGGUGUGAUGGCGGAGAUAUCCAUCUGCUCGCCGGACAAGGGCCUCCCCGUGGAAGACCUCCCUGUGCCCGGGCGUCUCCAGCUUUUCCUGGCCGCAAGCUCUGGCGAUGACGAGCGGCUACAACAACUUCUGAGCCCGCCCAUGGCGGUAACGAGUGAGGAGGACUCCGCACUGGUAGUUACCAAUGAGGGGAAUUCUGCACUCCAUGUGGUAGCAACCGACGGGGACGGUGCUGGGCACUUGGAGAGCGCAAAGGUGAUCCACGACAAGGCCAAGCACCUGCUGCUCGCGUGCAACGUGCACGGUGACACGCCGCUGCACUGCGCCGCCCGGGCCGGCAACACAUGCAUGGUCUCUCGCCUGAUUGAGCUCGCCGGCGAUGCCAAGGAUAUGGUGAGGGUGCAGAACAAGGAUGGGAAGACGGCGUUGCAUGAGGCCAUCGGUUCCGACGACAUGCAAAUGGUCCAAGCACUAAUGUCGAAGGACAAUGAGCUGGCCCGACUGGAUGCCAAUGAUGGUACUUCGCCACUGUUCCUAGCCAUCUCGUUGGGUCAUCACAGUAUUGCAUGCCAGUUGCACCAAUAUGACAAUGACUUGUCCCACUCUGGCCCACACGGACGAACUGCUUUACAUGCUGCUGUUCUUCACGACAAAAGGAUAGCAAAGUCUCUACUUGACUGGACCAAGAAAAACAAGGAAAAAACAACGAAUCUCACUAAACAAUGGCGCACCUGCGAAAGUACGCCAAUGCACUUCGCUGCAUCAGUGGAAGAUCCCUCUCUGGAGUUUUUCCUUUUCGCUUUUGUUAACAGGAGCCUCGAAAUUUGUUCCUUCAGCCUCUACUAUCAUAUUGCACCAUCCAAGUUGUUAUACAGGAUUUAUGUUUGGAGGAAGCAUCCAAUCGUCCUACUAGCGAAAACUUAUCCAUCUUUGGCAUUUCAGCCAGACAAGAAUGGGUUGUUUCCGGUGCAUGUCGCUGCCUCGGCAGGCAGCUUGGUGCCUAUUAUUAUCUUGCUCCGGGGCUGCCCUCCUUGCUGUGCCAGAUUGCGUGAUGCUAAGGGAAGGACCUUCCUUCAUGUCGCUGUUGAGAAGAAGAGGCUUAAUAUCGUUAAAUUUGUGUGCAGUAGAUCACAGUUUAAGUCCAUCAUGAAUAUACAGGACAAAGAUGGGAACACUGCCCUACACCUAGCUAUCCAUGGAGGGGAUUGGGACAUAUUCAAAAGUCUCAUCUGCAACCAACAUGUUCUCUUAAAUCUGCUAAAUAAGCUCGGAGAAACUCCCAUGGAUAUUGCCGAUAGCAGAGCUCCUUCAGUUUCGGGAUUUUAUUUCGGAAUGCAUGCACGGCGUAGGAUUCUUGGGACGCUAACCUUUGCAGACGCUCAGAAUGGCAACAGCCGGCGCGACCGCUUCAUGGAAGAACAUAACGAGAGCCAUGAGGACAAGAUAAGAAGCGACCGCUUGAUGGAAGAAAAUGAGCGCCGUGAGGGAAAGAAAAUAACAGACUUCGCACAGAUUGUCGGCAUUGGAUCUGUGCUAGUGGCGACAGCAACGUUUGCUGCAGCCUUCACCAUGCCCGGUGGCUUCAGCGAAGAUAAGGAGACCCCACCAAUGGGCAAAGGCGGCACGCCAACGCUUGCCGGGUACUAUGCUUUUGACGGGUUUGUCAUCUCCAACACCUUGGCAUUCAUCUGCUCGUCUUUAGCCACAUUCAGUCUCAUCUACACCGGGGUAGGUGCACUCGACAUAUAUAAGCGGAUAGAGUUGGUGUCCUUCUCUCUAGCACUGCUCAUGGGUGCGGCGAGAAGCUUCUGUGCCGCCUUCGCCUUCGCCCUAUAUGUGUUGCUUGCCCAGUGGAUCGCAGGGCAGCCAUCGCGUCUUGCACCCUCACUGUUCUUGCAUUUCUCGAUGCACUUUGGUUCAUGA